AUGACUGAAGACGCCAACCCUCCAAAAAUACUGCUUCCGAGACUACGAGUGCCCUCUCUAUCUUUCACUGACAUAUCUCAAAGUAAUCACACAAAUAGCCUGAGAAAUAUCUCUUCCUCGACGUCAUUAUUGAGUACUCCUAGUAAUAAUAUACGAAGAGUGCAACAGAUCAACGGAACUAAGCCCAAGGAUGUUUUGUCCCGCCCACGUAAAACGGGGCCAAUAAUACCUAAAGGUGCUCCAUCGAAAACAGCAGCUACUCGGAAGCUACUUAACCUUCAGGAACUGAAGCGUAGUCAGGCCGUUGUGCGUCCUUUUGUUCUACGCAAGCCAGCAGAUUUGUCAGAGUACGAUUAUUCCGUCUUUGCACACAAAUUAGAUACUACAGGUGAUUCUCAAGAUACAGAGAGCUCUCUAAGAAUUAAGGAAUCACAAGUAAGAGCAUGGGAGUCUGCUGAAAAGGUGAGCGCUAAUGUGAUAUUUGAUACCGAGACUUCCACGGGUGAAGACGUGGAGAUAUUUGAAGAUUACAACAACAGUAUGGAGAUCAAUAGUAGUGAUGAAGAUGCAAGCUUUGAUGGCUUACAAUCUGCGGACCGUGAAAGGUCUAUAGUCCUGUCUAUUCCGAACUAUACCAAAGGUGAGCUCAAGAUUCUCCAAAAGCAUUUCGAUGCACUUCAGAAUUGCCGAACGAAAAUUGACAUAAUCAACCAUGAGGGACGAGAAAGACAGGCAUUGGCACAGCACAGGGAGCAUCAACGUAUCGUACAUGAAAGGGCGUCAAGCUCUAACUCCAAACCUUUGUUUCGCAGAAAACUCCAAGUGUUUAGGAAAAAGGAAUUUUUGCAUUGUCUCUUCGGCUACUCCAACAAUAUAAACAACAGUUACAUCACGAACAAUACCGCAUAUUCCGCCUUUGACAAUGUUCUCAAUGCAACCAAGGCGUACCAGGAGGAUCACGACGAAACAGUCAACCUUUUGAAAAUGGAAGAGGAUUUCGUUGCUUUACAGGCCGAAAUCAAAGACAAAAUUACAUCAGAGAAAAGCAUGCCAAAAAACGAUGCUGCUGCUCCGAACGGAGGUGGCUACGAGUCAUUAAUAGAAACUCUGGAUCUACUCAACAUGACCAAUUCGUGGCUUACUGCAUCAUACGACUAUGAAAUGAGUCACCACGAUGCACAACAUUCCAAAACAUCUGACGCCAACCAAGACAUUUUGACAUAUACUUUAGCAUACCUAAAAAGUCGUGUUCGGGAGGAAACCUAA